CCAGAACGUUCUCGGCGGCGCCAUCUUGUGCUGGUGGCAGCGCAGGCGGAGCAGCGGUUGGCAUUGCCGGGCAGCAGAGGCUCCAGUCACAGGGCAGCCCCUCCGAGCCGUAGAGAUGCGGCACUCCAAGCGAACUAACUAUCCUGAGUGGGAUGAAAAGGAAAGUUGGGAUCAUGGAAAUUGCAGCAGCAGUCAUAAGAGAAAGAGGAGAUCGCAUAGCAGUGUGCGGGAGAGCAAGCACUGCAAACACAGUCACUCUAAAGUUCCUGAUAGUCACUGUGCAGAAGCCAGACCUGCAAAUGAAAGAGACCAUCAUGAACGGCGUUAUGUUGAAGAAUACAGAAAUGAGUACAGUCAAGUACAUGAAAAUGGACAUCAUCACAGAGACCAUGAAAAUGGCUAUCAUAACCACAGUAGCAAGUCAUCGGGCCACAGUGGAAGAAGUAGUUAUAAACGAAAAUACAAGAGUCAUCAUAGUGCCUCACAUCAUCAUGCACAGAUGAAGAGUCAUCGAAGGAAAAGAUCCAGGAGUGUAGAGGAUGAUGAGGAGGGUCACCUGAUCUGUCAGAGUGGAGACGUACUAAGUGCAAGAUAUGAAAUUGUUGCUACUUUGGGGGAAGGUGCUUUUGGAAAAGUAGUUGAGUGCAUCGAUCGCAAGGCGGGUGGUAGACAUGUUGCAGUGAAAAUAGUAAAAAAUGUUGAUAGAUACUCUGAAGCAGCUCGCUCAGAAAUUCAAGUUUUGGAGCAUUUAAAUGUGUCAGAUCCCAGCAGUACAUAUCGCUGUGUCCAGAUGUUGGAAUGGUUUGACCACCAUGGUCAUGUUUGCAUUGUUUUUGAGCUUUUGGGACUCAGUACCUAUGAUUUCAUCAAAGAGAAUGGUUUUUUGCCAUUUCGGCUUGACCAUAUUAGGAAAAUGGCAUAUCAGAUCUGCAAAUCUGUGAACUUUUUGCAUUUAAACAAACUCACUCAUACGGAUUUGAAACCUGAAAAUAUUUUAUUUGUGAAGUCGGACUAUGUAGAAGAGUAUAACCCCAAACUAAAACGGGAUGAACGCACACUGAAAAGUCCAGACAUUAAAGUUGUGGACUUCGGAAGUGCCACAUACGAUGAUGAACAUCACAGCACUCUAGUGUCAACAAGGCAUUACAGAGCCCCUGAAGUUAUUUUAGCACUGGGAUGGUCACAACCCUGUGAUGUUUGGAGUAUAGGCUGUAUUCUCAUAGAAUAUUAUCUUGGAUUCACAAUAUUUCCAACACAUGAUAGUAAAGAGCAUUUGGCAAUGAUGGAGAAAAUACUGGGACCAUUACCAGUUCACAUGAUACAAAAAACCAGGAAACGCAAGUAUUUUCACCAUGACCAACUAGACUGGGAUGAACAUAGUUCUGCUGGUAGAUAUGUGUCUAGGCGCUGUAAACCAUUGAAGGAGUUCAUGCUCUGCCAGGAUUCUGAGCAUGAGAAUCUGUUUGACCUGAUUCAAAAAAUGUUGGAGUAUGACCCAGCCAAAAGAAUUACUCUUGAUGCUGCCUUGAAGCAUCCUUUCUUUUCUUCUCUAUAAAGCAGGAUAUUAAGUAAAAUAAUCUGCACCUGUAUAGUUCUCCAGUGGAGAUUAUAGACUGUGUCAGUCAACAACAAACACCAUUUUAAAUAUUUAUUUUGUACAGUUAGCUUGGUAAAUUUCCUAUUUUGUAUGAUGAAUGUAGUCCUUGUUUGAACAUUUAAGUUUAUUGAUCCUAGUUGUUGAAAUAAACUUUCUGAAAAUUCU